AUGAAAAGCAAAAUAGACAUCAACUCCCUAGAGAUACGGGAGAGAAGACCGAGAAAGGCGAGAACAGGGGCUCUGUUGGAGAUCCCGGGAGCUGAGGGCGCCGAAAAACCAAAUAAGCUGGCCGAUAAACUAAAGGAGGCUCUUGGAGAAGAACAAAAUGUACUGAUCUCCCGCCCAGAGAAAACAGCGGAAAUCAGGUUGAGAGACCUAGAGGAGUCAAUGACAAAGGAAAACAUAAUAACGGCUCUGAUGAUCAAAGAAGACUGUCCGGCGAAAACCUUCAAACCAGGGGAGAUCUCAACGUCACUACAACGGACUAGGGACCUUAUAGCUAAGAUGUCCACUGGCUGCAGCCAAAAAGAUAACCGAAAAUAA